CGGCCGCUCCUCCUCCGGCGUGCGCGGCCGCGGCGCUACGCAAGCGCGGGGAUCCAGUGCGGCCUAGCGGACAGCGCCGGCCACCAUGGCCGGGGAGGUGAAGACGAAGCUGUCUAAAAACCUGCUGCGCAUGAAGUUCAUGCAAAGGGGUUUGGAUUCACAAACUAAAAAACAACUAGAAGAAGAAGAGAAGAAAAUAAUCAGUGAAGAACACUGGUACCUUGAUUUACCAGACCUGAAGGAGAAAGAGAGCUAUAUAAUAGAAGAGAGAAGCUUUAUGCCAUGUGAGGAUCUACUCUAUGGCAGAAUGUCCUUCAAAGGAUUCAAUCCAGAAAUUGAGAAGUUAAUGAUCCAAAUGAACUCUAGGUGCAAGGAAGAAGAAAUAAAAGUAGAAGAUAAAAUGGAAGCUGAUGUGUCAGAUGAGGAAAUGGCCAGAAGAUAUGAAACAUUAGUGGGAACAAUAGGGAAAAAAUUCUUAAGAAAGAGAGAUCAGCGUGUACUCCAGGAUGAAGAUGAAGAUGGGAAUAGUAACAUAAGACCUAGCAAAAAAGCAAAGAAAAAGUUCUUAAAGCCUCAGGAUUGAUGUCAACCGAGCGACUGGAGCCAAUGGAAAUGUUCCCUACCAAGUACAGUAACAUGAGCUGGAGGUUGUUGGCAGUUUUUGCUGUUUAAUGCAAAGGAUAGAUCUGUAAAUCUGAGUCUGCUCUCAUUGAAAUUUCUACCGUCCACAUGACAAUCACUUUUUCAGAGUGGAUAUGUAUCUAAUGGAUGUCAUACAUCCUUUCCUCUCUCAGCAGCUUUUCGUGUGCAGGGCACUAAUCCCAUCAGUCUUUUUAAAUGUUGUGCAUAACUAGAUCAAAUGGCACAUGCAACGGAGAGCAGUGUUAUUUACAAUUUAUGAUAACAUCUGAAAGAAGAAUUUGGAGUAAAGAUGAACUUUGGCCAAAUACAGUAAGACAGUUCAGCUUUCACUGGUUUUUUUUUUUUUAUUAUUGUGAAAAUCACUGUUUGGUUUUUUUUAUUAGGACAAUUAAGACCUUUGCUGUCCCCCUAUUGAAAAAAGUCAACAGAAGCAUGUUUUGGACUUUUUUACUGUGCUAAAAAUAAGAUGGAAAAAGAGAGAUGAAAUCUGUUUUGUUGAAUUUUAUUUUUUAUAAAGCUUAUUUAAAAAUAGGUUUCUAGGUUUCUUUUAUACGUAUAGAACAAGGUAAAUAUUGGGCAAUGAUUACAGUUUGACACUUGAGCAGGUUGUGUUUCUUAAUCUCCUGUCUUCCUAAAGGAGUUUUCUAAUCUUGACUCUUUUUCAGCAAAAAGAUCCAGUCUUGUGAUUACGUUUGUAUUGUGGUAAAAGCAUAACAACAUCUACAGAAGCAUAUUUGAAAGUUGAAUAAAACCUGAUUUUUUUGUU